AUCUUCUCUUUGUGGCUCUCCAGCCUCCUCCAAAACACAGAGAGUAUCUUUCAUAUUACUUGGCUUUUUUAUUAGUGACACUUUUUCUCUCUCUGUAUACUAACUUUUUCUUGUUAUGUAGCAUUCUUGAUACCCCAGAAGAAAAAAAUCCAAUCUUUAUGUUAUAUGGAAGGACCCUUUUGGAUUUUAAAUUGAUUUUGAACUUCUUUUUACAACCCCUUGCAAUAACAGAAGAGAAAAAAUGAUGCAGCAUUCUUCUGUGACUCAAGAAUCUGCUAACCCUUUUGGUGUUGUAUCACAAAAAGCCCCCUUUGUAUUCAAUUACUCAAAUAGUAACUGUAAUUUAGAUGCAUAUUCAACUUUGCUGUCUAAUUACUUGUAUUUUGAUUCUAGGGGAAAGAAAGAUUUUUUGAAUUGCAUGAAUAAGCCAAAGGCUGUAUCUUUAUUGAGUUUGAGUAUUAGUAGUAGAAGUGCUUCAUCAAGAAUUAGUAAAGCACUUUUUCAGUUUAACAAGGCUAUUAGAUUCCAUUGUGAGAAAAUUCCUCUUGGGUUUGCCUCAGUUGGUGGAGGGGUUCAUUGUGGGGAGAACAAUGGGGUUAGAGAAGAGGGGAGUGUACUGGAGAAUGAGGGGAUACCUGUCAAUGGUGUCGAAUCAGAACCUCCAAAAAAGAUACUUAUUUUGAUGAGUGAUACUGGUGGUGGUCACAGAGCCUCUGCUGAAGCUAUUAGGGCAGCGUUCAAUGAAGAAUAUGGAGAUAAAUAUCAGGUGUUUAUUACUGAUUUGUGGGCAGAACAUACACCCUGGCCUUUCAACCAAUUGCCACGGAGUUACAACUUCUUAGUGAAACAUGGCUCUCUAUGGAGAAUGACAUAUUAUGCUACUGCUCCUCGUUUAGUUCAUCAAACUAAUUUUGCUGCUACAUCUACAUUUAUUGCUCGUGAGGUUGCUAAAGGUUUAAUGAAAUAUCAGCCUGAUAUUAUUAUCAGUGUUCAUCCUCUAAUGCAGCAUGUGCCUCUUCGCAUUUUGAGGUCCAAAGGUCUCUUGAAGAAAAUCAUAUUUACCACUGUUGUAACAGAUUUAAGCACUUGCCAUCCUACAUGGUUUCACAAACUUGUUACUAGGUGCUACUGUCCAUCAGAAGAGGUAUCAAAACGAGCACUGAAGGCUGGUCUCAAUUCAUCUCAAAUAAAAGUUUAUGGGCUUCCUGUACGACCGUCAUUUGUGAAGCCAGUUCCUCCCAAGGUUGAACUGAGGAAGGAACUUGGAAUGGAGGAUCAUCUCCCAGCAGUACUACUGAUGGGUGGUGGAGAAGGAAUGGGUCCAAUAGAGGCUACUGCUCGAGCACUUGGAGAUGCACUGUAUGAUGAAACUAUAGGGGAGCCAAUCGGUCAGGUCCUAAUAAUAUGCGGGCGCAAUAAGAAGCUUUUCAACAGAUUGACUUCAGUGCAGUGGAAAGUUCCUGUUCAGGUAAAGGGGUUUGUCACUAAAAUGGAGGAAUGCAUGGGUGCUUGUGAUUGCAUUAUUACCAAGGCUGGUCCAGGGACUAUUGCGGAAGCCAUGAUUCGUGGACUGCCUAUAAUUCUUAAUGGUUUCAUUGCUGGUCAGGAAGCUGGAAAUGUGCCAUAUGUUAUCGAGAAUGGAUGCGGGAAAUACUCAAAGUCACCUAAAAAGAUAGCCAGUAUAGUCUCGCAGUGGUUUGGUCCCAAACAAGAUGAACUCAGAAUCAUGUCCCAAAAUGCUCUUAGGCUCUCAAGGCCAGAUGCUGUAUUUAAGAUAGUACAUGACAUGCAUGAAUUGGUCAGACAGAAAAAUUUUGUACCACAGUAUUGUCCUACUUAAAUUACUUGCGUCUGUUAGCCGGUGGAAGAUAGCAGGCACCCAAUGAAAUACUCGGUGUGUGCAAGCUAGCUCUAUUAUUAUUAUUAUUAUUUCAACUCAAUUUUGGCUUGAAUUCUUAGUAGAAUGUACCAUUGCCCUGAUAAACAUUCAUUCAGAGUGAACUCCUUGGGUUUAAAGUGAAACUUUAAUU